CCAAAACGCUUAUGGGUUCACAUGCAAGUAGUUAAAAAUAAAGAGAAGCGAAGUGUAACACCAAAAACAGGGUCCAGAGGAUCUAGGGUUCCUCGAUUCUCUUUAUCCUCCUUCUUCUCCCCAAUUUUUGUUCUCCUUUUCCUACUCUUAUCGUCGAGUAAUCAAAAUUUAGGGUUUUUAUUUUCUCUGUUCUAGGGUUUCAGCAAAUCUGAAUCGAUCGAUCUGAUUAAUGCCCAAAAUAACAAAUUUGUUUGAUAAGAAGCAGGUUUAAAGUUGAACUUAUUUUAGUUUUAGUAUGCAAGGAUCGCAGAAAUCAAAAAGGGUUUCCUGGGCUUCUGAUGGGAAUCUUUGUCAGGUUAGACUCUUUCUCUCUGAAGAUUCUCCCUCACAAGUCGGGGGAGGUGCUCAAGAUCACCUCCAAGUAAAAAAAAAUAUUUCAGGCUUGCCUGUAAACGGAGUAGUAGCAGACGACAAUCUUCCACCUGGUUUUGAAGGUUUCAAUCCUGCCAAUCAGUUGAAAGACAGGUUAGCGCAGAUUCCUGUUGUCAAAUGGCGACCCCCUCCAAAAUUUAUUUUGGGUGUUGAGUGGCAAGUAGUAAUUGGGGAAGAAAGUGAAGAGGUGGAGGUCCAAAGUGAAAGAGAGCUGAGAGUGCUUGAAGCAUACUAUCCACGAGAAUCUGCAAUUCCUCCAAACCCUGCUACUGCACCAGAUAUAGUGUGUGCUGGGCAGGAUGACCAAACAUUGCCUUCAAUCCCCAUUACUCCUAUUGAGGAAGAAGAUCAACCAGAUCCCUCGCCUGAUUCUAUUGCUUGUUCCAGUGCUACUACUAAGUCAUACCCGCUGGUGGCCCAAGGUGGGACAUUGGCUGCUGGAGUAGCAAGUUGUGGUCAAGCAGAUGCGUUAAAAGCUGCUCUUACUGCUGUAGCGAAGAGCAAUGAGCAGAUUGACCACGACCUGCUUGUAAAAAUUCUGAGUAAUCCGACAAUUUUAGAACAGUUAGUUAGGCAUCAAGGUCCUCAGAGUAUCCCCAAGCCUUUAUCUUCUGGAGCACCCAUGUACAGGAUGGAUACACCAGCUCCUCCUCCUCCUCCUCCUCCUCAGUAUAAUAAUAUGGAAACAGGAUCAUCCUCAUCCCCAAUGAUGAUGUCAAAUGGGUUAGUGUACCCGUAUACUAAUGGUACUGGACCUAUGACCCAUCAGCAAUCAAUCCCACCGCUCUCUUUACAGUCUGGUUCUGGUUCUGGUUCUGGUUCUCAAAUGAAGGACCUCAACUACUACAAGAACUUGAUUCACCAACAUGGAGGAGAAAGGCAAGGCGAGCCUCAACCUCAACCUCAACCUCCAUUUUCAACCCAUCCCAUUCCCAUCCAUCAUUCAGGAAUAAUUGAUCAAGAAGUAGAUAAUUCAAAACCAAGGGAUGCAAAACAUAAGAUGAUGAAGCCUUGUAUUUAUUUCAAUAGUUCAAAAGGUUGCCGACAUGGUGCAAAUUGUAUUUAUCAGCAUGACAUGUCGCUCCAGCAACGGGUUAGUAGCAUCUCAGAAAUGCAGAGUGCAAAGAGAAUGAAGAUGGAUAGAGAGAUUAGAGGACCACAGUCAUACAGUUAAGGUAAUCUGAUGAUAAUUUCUUUUUGGUUCCAGGAGAUAUUCUUAAUCAAUCUCCUGAAAGAAUUGUGCCAGAUUCGUAAUCCUGAUCUUUGGACAUACAUGAAUGGGACCCUAGUUCUCCAUAGAGCAUUCUUGUGGGAGAGAUCUCUGUCUUCCCUGCAGAUAGCUUCGUCCUCGUGUGCAUACAAAUUUUAAUCCAGGAGGAAAGAGUUUUCACCCUCAUUUGGCACCUUUGUAUACUGCUUCGGCUAUCUUUAUUUGUUUCCCGAGGUUUUUAUUUCGUUUCUUGGUAAUUUAUUUCUCUUGCCCCCCUUUCAGCACACCAUAUAUCAAGUUGAAAUAAAUAACUAAACUAGUUGCCCUGUAUGGAAUUAUGUAACUAAUUUUUUUUUUAACUUAACAUAAUCAUUUAAUAUUUGAAAGCUAAAAUAUUGAGAUGAAUCGUUUUAUUAAAAUUGAAACUGUAACAGAUUACUUUUUAAUGUAAUUGGAAAUAGUGACUCCCUUUGUUUCAAA